AUGCUGUUCACCAGACUUACAUUGUUCUGUGCAUUCCUUGCAAUUGUUAAUUGUUCAGCUUUGACAUUCGUGCUUAGAGCGGAAGAACAUUCAUGCUUCUAUAUUUUUACAGACAAGCCUAAAACAAAUGUUGGUUAUUAUUUUGCAGUUCAAUCAGGUGGUUCAUUUGAUAUAGAUUACACAAUUAAAGCGCCAGAUGGUAAAGUUAUAGUAAAUGAAGAAAAACAAAGACAAGGUGAUUGGGUUUUCAACGCUGAAGUUCCAGGUGAAUAUGAAUUCUGUUUCUCUAAUGGUAUGUCAACAUUUGCUGAAAAAGUUGUUGAUUUUGAAAUAAAUCUGGAAAAUGAUUUCAAAGCUUCCUUACCAAAGUCAGGUAAACAACCUAUAGCUGUUGAAGGUAUUGAUAACACAAUUGAGAAUUUAGAUAAUAAGAUCAACGGUUUGUUGAAAUCACUACAAUAUUACAAAACAAGAAAUAAUAGAAACCAAUCUACUGUCAAAUCAACAGAAAGUAGAAUUUUAUGGUUUUCAAUUUAUGAAGUUGCUCUUAUUGUUGGUAUGGCCAUAUUACAAGUUGUUGUGGUCCAACUAUCAUUCAAAGAUUCAAGAAAGCAAGCUGUAUGA